AUGAUUGGCUCCGCCUCGUGUACGAGACCACUCCAUCAAGCGUUGAUCCCGUUAGCGGUUAGUGUUCCACCAGCCGCAUUAUUUAUAAGAGGAAAAACGAGACAUAUUGAAAUGGAAGAAGAGUUAGAUACUGCACCAGCACUUGAACGACAAAGACCACCAAGCAUUGACUACCUGUUCGAAAUCACCAACUUCUCGAGACGUGAAAUUCAACAGCUGUAUCGGUCAUUUAAAGAGCUGUGGCCAAACGGAACAGUUGCACUCGAACAAUUUCAAGCCAUCUAUGCAAGUAUUUUCCCGAAUGGAGACUCAAAAAGCUACGCAGAGCUGGUUUUCCGGAAUAUCGAUCAAACUCGUGUUGGAUCUGUGACAUUCUUGGAUUUUAUCACAAAUUAUUCAAAAAUCGCCAAAGGGACAGUUGAUGAACGUCUGGACUGGAUCUUCACUCUCUACGACACAAACAAAAGUGGAUAUAUUGCUUACAACGAGAUUUUUCAUGUUGUGAAAUCGAUGUAUCAGAUGGUUGACGCGUCGCUGCAACCAACUGCUCUUGCCACCAUAUGCCGACAACAUGUUAAAAUUGUUUUCAAGAACUUGAACAUUGCUAAUGGAGGAAGAAUCAAUAAAGAAGAAUUCAUGCAACGCUGCCGUGCUGACACAGAAAUCGUCAACACCUUGGAAGUGUUCAAUUCUUUUUCAACUGGUCUCUUGAACUUCUAA